AUGAAGAAAAAUGUGGAAGAAAGUAUAGAAAAAAAUAUAGCUAAUGAAAAAGCAAGAAUGAAAUUAGCAAUCGAGGAACUGAACAAUUUAUUAAAAAAGAAUAAUGGACAUAUGGAUAAAGGAACUAAGUUAAAGUGGAGAAGAUUACCAAAGAAUAAUUGUGAAAAGUUCAUAAAGAUAAUCAUAUCAUACUUAAGAAGUCAUAAAUUUAGUAUGAACCCUAAGGUUCUGAAAAAAUUUGUGGAGAAUGAAGUAUUUCUGUCUUUAGAUGUUGAAAAAAAGACAACUAUAAGUGAAAGAACUGCUUCAACAUGGCUCAACAAGUUGAGAUGGCACUAUAAAAAGUGGAAGAAGGCUACAAACGAUGAUAAAAAGACUGGAUGGGCUCUUGAAAGUGAACAAAAACUACAUCCAAAAGGAUGA